AUCGAAGAUGCGCUCAGCAUCAGUGUGCGUGACGGAUCUGUCCUGUCCGCAAACCGAGACAAGUUCGACUUGGUCACGAUCUACGACAAUGCGUUCAAGAACAUGGGCGACGUGCACUCCCCGGUCUCCGUCCUCUUCAAGGCGAUCCAUGAGACCGCCUUCCGCAAGAUCUUGAAGAACGUGUCCAUGCUGCUCAUUGGCGGAUCCCAGGCGUGGAAGUGUGAGUACGGC